AGACUUUGGCAGAGUGAUCAUGCGUCCCUUGGAUUCAUUAUAAAAGCUAAUUUGGUUCCAGCUCUGAACGAUGCUAGCUCUUACGUUUAUGCUAUUGCUUGUGGUUGAGUUGGGAUGGGCCGCCCAGUGUAACAAGUGGUCUGGACCCGCUGGAACUGUUGAAUGCAUUCAAUUAAGGUCGUACAAUAACGAGUACCAGUGGGGGACGUGCGUGACGGAUACCUACAUGAAGCAAAAGAGCAACCAAAAACAUCAGUGUAUAGACCGAGCUGCAACCUACUGCUGGUAUCAGUGUAUGCUUGAAGUGCAUAACAAGAACUAUGGAUUAGUGACGAGUGAUUGUUCCUGUACUCCCAGCAAUCCAACCUCACAUCCAAACAUUACCACAUUACUGCCUCCAGAGUGCUAUAGUCCAUCAGGGGAUUCCUGUGAUUGGUAUCGCAACUGCCUGGAGAGGAAGUAUCCCUGUGAAGCUACAAGUAAUGGAUAUGCAGUCAAAUACGCUGAACAUUUUUGCAAGCUGUAUGACCAAAACUUUGGAAAGUUCAGUCAAACCGGGAAAAACUGGGUUAAUGGAGUUCGCAAAUGCCUCCAAGUCUCACUGGUGCCACUAUUGCGGCCAUGGGUCGACGAUCCAACCUGUGAGGAGAUUCGAAAAAAAGCGUUUGCCUCUCAUACACCAUGUUACCUGAAUCCAGGAAAUGGUGUGUCGUCCGUCUGUGAUCUCGACUGCUCCGAUUACUUCCAGAUAUUUUGGACCAUCAAGGGUUCCUUUGUCAAAGUCGAUACACUCUGGGAAUCUCUCAAGGGAAUGUGGAACAUAGGAGAGAAAUGUGGAUUGUCUGCUAAUAUCAAGAAAUGUUACAGAGAGCUGAAAGAGGGCCCAGUCAGAGUUAUCAAGCUGAAGAUUAAAAAGUUUUUUCUGCGAUCGAGGCGCUCAACUGAUAAUCUUCCUAAAUCUGAUGCUCAAAGUCGAUUCGCAGAUGGAGUUGGCUCAGCCAUUGCGAGUGCCUUGAAGUGGAACUCAGAUGUAAUGGACUGGCUUGCCUAUACUGGGAGAGUUGAAGAUCCAGAAAACCUGGAAAUUGUCGUCUUAUUAGCUGAUAAGAAAGCCCUGAGCAUCGCCAUCACAUCCACUCCAUCCGUCCACUUCAACAAGCGUAUCAAUGAAUUUGCCUCAGCUGUAAAACAGGGAGCGCUACCUUUGAAAGUGGAUGGACACAAUGUCUGGGUGAAGAGCUUGGCCUCGUGUUCUGAUAAAGCCUGCACCGGCAUCCAGACACUGGCAGUGUCACACAAGCCUCCAAACUGGGGGAAGACCUUGGAUCCGUGUUCUGAUAAAGCCUGCAACAGCACCCAGUUGAAUGGUGCUGCAGAGAUCUCAAGUGGUAAAGUUGUCUUGUUUGGAACCAUCGCUGUGUUGGUCAUGAUGAUGAACAAAUUGCUUUACUAAAAAGAUACUCGCGUCUUUCAAGAAGAUAGAUUUAGUUCUUCUGUUUAUCGAGCGUGAAAACAUAGACUUAUAAUGCGUAACAGAUGGUCUGUCUCACGCUUGGUUUUGUGCUUAAUACCUUCGAGCUGAAACUUUUCGAGACUUUUGGAUGGUAGUUACACUAUUUCGCGUUGCUAAAGGUAGCGCAGAAUCUAUUUGUCGAGCAGGUGUGAGACGUUUUAUAAGAGGUUACUCGCAAGGUACGGUAGCCUAUUAUUCCAUAAAAUAAGUGUCUCUUAUAUUCUCUCCAUUAGAAAGACAAAUAGAUAGGGCACCGUUGUUUCCCUGAUAAAAAGUGAGUAAAAGCAGACUCACCUUUAUCCAGAUUAGUUUAUGAAUAUUAUAUAGGGCUUCAAUUCUUUGAAGUGAUAUAAUCUUCCUAUACCUGCAUAUAGUCACGAUUUUCCGUCUAAGUUGCCUUUUUCGAUCCAGUGUAGAACUGUAACUGCAACAAUUUUGCUAUUUCGAAUAUUCUUAUUAAAACAAAGUAAAAAAACCUUAUCAUAUGAGCGUCUU